AUGAUCCCCCACCGCGAAGAAGAGAUAGCGCCGCUCUCUCCCCGCCUCAGCAACGUCACGGAUGAUAGCGAAUUCAUGCGCGAAGACGACUACUUGGCGAGUCCAAGUUCUAGUGGGGGGACUAGUGUGUGGGAGGAUGGCAAGGAGAGGGGCUUUCUCGAGAGAUUGGGAUGGGGUGGAAGGGCGGGGAGGGAGGGCGGACGGUUUGGCUUGGGAGGCAGAAGAGGAGACGGAGACGGCGGAAUGGCGGGAAUAGGGGGCAUAGGGGGAGUAAAAGGAGGACUGAGACAUGCAAUCGGCAUUGCCCUCUUACUCGUCACGGUGUUUUUGUGGACGGCAAGUAACUUCUUGGCCAGUCAGACCAUCUUCGCAGACGACUCGUACUCGAAACCGUACUUUGUGACCUACAUCAACACCACAUUCUUCAUCUUCCCCAUCUUCCCCAUGAUCGCACACUAUCUCUGGGCCGACCGGCACAAAACCUCAGACACACCCCGCCCCCUCGCCCUCCGCCUCCGCGACCUGCUGGACCAACGCGCAGGCAAAUGGGCUCUACUCCGCGACCACGAAGCGCCCUCGUCCACCUCGGACGACGAUGCCCUCACCAUCCGCGAAACCGGUACGCUCGCCCUCGAAUUCUGCACCCUCUGGUUCCUCGCAAACUACUUUUCCUCGGCCUGCCUCUCCCACACCACCGUCGCAUCCAGCACCAUCCUCUCCUCCACCUCCUCCAUCUGGACCCUGCUACUCGGCUCCCUCUUUCACGUCGAACGCAUCACGCUGCGCAAAUGUCUCGGUGUCCUCGCCUCCCUCUCCGGCGUCGCCCUCAUCUCCCUACUCGACAUGUCCACCGACUCCCCCGUCGACAACAACUCGGCAACCCCGCAACGCAGCGCCUUUCCCGACAAAUCCCCACGCGAACUCGCCACGGGCGACGCAAUGGCCCUCAUCUCCGCCCUCGCCUACGGCUUCUACACUGUUUUCAUCAAACGUCGCAUCUCGCACGAAUCCCGCACCAACAUGCCCCUCUUCUUCUUCUUCGUCGGCCUCUUCAACACCCUGCUCCUCUGGCCGGGCCUCAUUCUCCUGCACGUCCUCGACAUCGAGCCCUUUGCCCUACCCCCGACAUCCCGCAUCUUCACCAUCGUCAUGGUCAAUAGCGCCAGUUCGCUCGUGAGCGACUUCUGCUGGGCCUACAGCAUGCUGUUGACGAGUCCGCUCGUGGUCACGGUAGGUCUCAGUCUGACGAUCCCCUUGAGUUUGGUCGGCCAGAUGGUGGUGCAGGGCGUGUAUGCGCAGUGGGGGUAUUGGGUUGGCGCUGCGGUGGUGGUCGGCAGCUUUUUGUUCAUCAACAGGGAAGAGAAGAAGGAGGAGGAAGAAGGGGGUGGGCUAGCAGGCGGAGGGUUCGAGAGGCUGAGCGGGGGGGACCGCGACGAGGGAGCGUAG